UUUGUCAAUGAUACACCCGUAUCAGCAGACGAAAUCAGAAAUUUUUACAAGGAAAAUAUUGUGUUCCUCAUUUUUAUGGUUGAUUUUCAUUACAGCUUUUGACGUGAUGUUAUUUCUGUGUUUACAUUACAUAAGAAGCUUUCAGUUUCUUUUCUCUUACAUUGAUCUUGAACCAAUUAUGAAUGAUGUAGCUAAAUAGCGAAUCCUUACAAAUCUAGAAGAUCGAUAUAGUUCAAUCGGUGCAAUUAUCCCCUCAUGAAAUUGGGCAAUUUAAAAUGACUGAUCACAUUCAAAAUGGCUCCAAUUGGGAAGUUGAUAGUGACAAUGGACAGGCAUCCCAGUGGAAUUUCACCAAAACCUUGACUACUUUAGAGGACAUUAAAAUUGAUGCCAAUUUUGCUUGGUUGAUAUUCUCUCUACUCAUUGCUUUGAUAUGGUUCACUUACAUUACACAUUAUAGUUCUCGAGUGAUUGGCCAAAUUCUCACACGUUUGUUGAACCGGUUCGUUAUCGGAAAUGGAAAUCUAAGAAUAGGUUCAUUGACCUGGGAUGCAUUAGCCGGAAAGAUAAUGUUUCGUGACAUUGUGUACACCAAUGAAGACUUCAGUGUUAGAAUUCAGGAUGGUUGGCUUGUUUUCCGAUGGUGGAGAUCCUAUGUUCCUAAAGAUAUUUCAGAAGACUUGUCACAUUCUGACACUCGACUGUCACUGCUGCUUAAUGGCCUGGAAUUGCAUGUCUAUAAUCGUUCUCACUUGUAUAAUGAAUUGGAACACCUAUUUGGACUGGAGUCACUAAUUAUUCCAGAUGAGGGCAGUAAAAACCUGAGUAACAGAUCUGUCAACAACAUUUCCAGUAAAAUAUCAACUACGAGCAAAAUAACAGAGGAAGAGUCGAGCAGUUGGGGUUCAAGGAUACUUGGCCGUUCAUGGAGGGACCUGAUUCCCGUUAUUAAAGUUGAAAUUUGCUGCGGUCGAGCGGUGUUUGGAAAUCGUCUGGUACCAACUACAUUAUGUCUCUCAAUGGAGGAAGGUCACAUGGUCUACUCAACUAAGCCUGCCAUGUCCAAACUGGAUCAUUUCGUUCAUGUGGUUACAUGUAGAGCGGAGAAUUUUAAAGUAACUCUAGCACCAAGUUUAAAAUAUACGGGUUUAAGUGAUGAACCACCACGACUCAUGGGCGAAGGUUUUGUUGUUCUUUCUUCCAACACCAUUGACUUUUAUUAUUACAUGGAUGAGCCGGGCAUCGUGCCUGAAGUGCCUCUUAUGAUUGAACUGGCUAAUGGUGAUGUGGUCGAAUGCCAUGCACCUGUCUGGGGUCUAGACAUCCGCUGUGGUAAAGGGACCGAUUUCAGUUACGGUCCUUGGGCUGAUAGAAAACGGGAACAGCUUUUCAAAUUUUUCUAUCCUCCAAACUAUCAACCGAUGAAGGUUACAUCCCUUCCACUACCGGGCGAAAAACGAGCUGUACAGUCUUUUGACAUCCGUUUUAGUACUUUAAGUGAAGCCACUGUGGACGUUCUAUUUACAAAAUGCAAGGAAACAAAUGCUAUUCACAUGACAAUUGGUGCCGGAUCAUACUUGGAAAUCACCAUACCUUGGACAGUAAAACCUGAUGGUUGCGCGACCAAGAUUUCCGGCCAACUACUCCACGUCGAUGCUUCUACAAGUUUGCAGUAUCGAAGUUUAAUGGAAGCUGAGACAUUGAAAUUCUCAGUUUUAAUGCAAUAUCCCGUGACUUGGAAUUCACAUCAAAGUUGGAAUUUAUCAUUGACGGGGACUAAAGCUACACUACACCUCAUCUAUGAGCACCGCUAUUUCUUUCAGGAUCUGAUCAACGAUUGGUCAUCCAGAAAUCCAGCCGAUGUACUGCAUCAUAUCCCCUAUACUUGGUUUCUCAACUUUUGCCUUAAAGAAUUCGAGCUAGUGACUAUUGCCAAUCAGUACAACUGGGUAGAUUGCUCCUCGCAGCGCCAAGAAAAUGCUUACGCGGCAUUUAGCGGAGAUUUUUUAGAGCUUGCCUUUGCCCUUCCGUUUACUGAUUUCCUCUCUCCGUCAAUGGAACUAAAAUUUCGCAUUCAAGGCGAGUCUCUUGACAUGAAUAUACAGUUACCAGAGAUGUCCACCAGUCGGCCUGUCCUUUUAGCGCUUGCAGCACAUGCUCGGCCAGCUAAUCGAUCCGCAGAAUUGACAGGAAAUGAAUCGCCAAUCGACUGCGAUAAACAACGUUGGCGUAACUUUGUCAAACGUUUCGAGGGUUGGGUUCAAUGUUGGACAGUGCCAGUUAUCACACUUGGUAUCCAAUACAUUUACCAUCCAAUGACUCCGGCUGGACCGGCUCCGCAAGCUAAUGUACCUACGCCGGAGAGGGAAGAAUUACUUCUGACUCCAGUCCGUUUUCCGGUCCCGACCGCGUCUUCUCUUCAUGUUCCACUCAAAUCUGCUCGACAAUCCGCAGUGGAAUUCGAUCCUACGUCCUUAAACCCUGAUCAGGUUAACGUUGACAUAGAAUUAGGUCCUUCCGAAUUGUUCGUUUACGGGACUGUUCUCCGGGUUUUCCUCAAUCUUAAGGAAAACAUUUUUGGUGAAGAUCAAAGAAUGGCGGACAUGGAUCCAUCAGCUGCACUGCUUGACAUGGAGAGAGCUGGUAAAAAUGAGUCACUCAACAGAAGCGUUGACCCUAUUCCUGAGACUAACGCCUCGGCAGAAGAUAGCACCAUUGAUGUGCGAAUCGGUCGACCACUACACGUUAACGUUGCAGUCACCAUGCAUAACAUUAAGGCCCACUUAAUGAAGCAUUGCAGUAAAGAUGAUCCUCCAUGUCCAACUGUUUUUCUGGAAAAACUGAACUUUGAAAUGCACAAGACAUUUCUAGAGACUAAGCUUCAGCUGCUUGUCUCACCAGCAGUUUUAUACUCAACUGAUACAGUUUUACGGCCAUCGGAAAGUCGUCACCUUCAGCAGGGUUUUUUAGUAUUGUCUGCGUUGCAAGUGCGUGGUCACGCAAUGUUUAGUCCAACUGGACGAGCCAUUGAUGAAGAAACCAUCGAAUAUGCAUGGAUGAUUGAGGCUAUUUUAGGCCAGUUGACGGGGAGAAUGACAAUGCCACAAUUACAGCACGUCAUUUCUGGACUAGAAAUCUUUCUACGUUUAGCACUGGAUGAGGAAAAUCAGAUGAGUCGUUCACCCAAAAGCCAGACACAAUGUCACCACGGAUCAAUCCAGCCAAUUUGUCCUUUCUCAACCACACCUAACCAAUCAACAGAUAAUCAGCCGACGAGUUUAGGCUCAUUAUGCCCAUCUUCGGAGGAGAUCAAGUAUCGCAUGACCCGUUUUUCGAUCGAUCUUAUCGACUUUACCCUAGUUGAGUCGGGCACGGCAAUUACAUUGCAGGUCUAUCCAGUACGACUGGCAACUUGCAACUUGCAUUCUCGUCGGACCCACGCAGGGGUGAGUAUCUUGGUGCCCAAAGUCCACCUGCGUCAAUAUUUGAGCACAUCCCGCGGACCUGUACUCGGAGGCUCUUUCACAGCAUUGAAUGCAACUGACCGCUGCAAACCAGAAGGUGUCACAAUGAGCAGCAGCAAUAGUACCUGGAAUCGCACCCAAGCUAGUGGCUAUUCACGUUCCAAUGUUGAAGAAUUGUACAUGGGAGGGGAGAAACCUCACAGUCCAGUCGGUAGCCAUCGGAUUGAAUUUGAAUUAGCAGCUCCCAUUGCAACUGGGUUCACUAGCCAGGAGUGGCUGGAAGUUGGCUUGGUUGAGGUCGGACCUAUUUACAUUGAUGUCGGGUCAUCAGCAGACCACUGUCGUGUCGACUUACCCGCCCUUCAAGGAGCUUUCCUACGUCUUCAUGAUACUCGUACACGGCGACUGUGGUUUCUUUGGGAUACUCUUGUGGAUUUGAUCGACUUACCUGGUCCAACAGAUUCUACCCAGUCAAAUAGUAAUAACUUGACAAAAUGCGGUUGUAGAGGUGGUUGCGCAUUUUUCGGUCGAAAUUUCAACGGAAUCAGCUUCUUUAAUCGUCAUGAUAACGAUCCCCUGGGAAACUCUGACUCUUAUGUUGCACUAGCUAACCCAUUGCUCUCCCGUGGAACAGAUCCCGUCUUUAGUCAAAGCAUCCUAAAGGAGAAUACCUUUUUAAUUGAUUUCGAUCCAACAAUUAGAGCGGAUUGCAAUUUAUCUCCGUUGGCUUCAUUGACGAAAGAAGGACCUCAGUCUGAUACCAGCAAUACGAGCACCAUGAAAAAUGUUUCUGGAUUACUCAUUCCAUCUGAAGGAGUGUCGAAUUCGGACUACACCAUGAAAGGAACAUUAGAAGAAGCUGUAGAAGGGGAUGAAGAAUCUAAUAAUUUGGCAUCCUUCAAAACCCAGCCUGGCAAUCGGAUGUCAUUCCAAGACUUUGAAAAACAAUCGAUUAAAAAAACCGGAUCUCUUCAGCGUGAACUCGGAACAGCCAAUUCUACGCCAUCGCUUCCGUUGACAAGUCCUGGAACUAAAAGGAAAAUCUUCGCCGGGAAACGUAUGACUGGACAAAUUUCACUACCAGCCCUUGCUGAUCAAGCAACUGUUGAUUGCGGCCAUCCAGUUAUGACUCGUAAACGCUCCACAGUUUCAUCGAAAGCUAGUAGGAGCGAAUCGCAAUCAGAACUUUACUAUUCGGCUGAAGAAGAUGACGACAACGAUUUGACAGACAGCAGUCCAUCUGACGAACUUGUCUCUUUCUCUGCUAAUCUGCCAAGUGAGGAUGCGAACAUCGGCAUUCCAAAUGUUACCAGAAAUAAAAGCAAAUCUUGCUCAACAUCAUCGCCCUCGUCCUCAACCAGGACUUCUCCUUCUAGCAGCUCUCGAAGAAGUAGUAGUCGAACGUCGAGAACAUCUAACAUCUCGUUCAAUUCUGCUGUUUCAUCUGCUGAUGAUUUCUCGUUAGUCGAUCUUCAUCUGCAGUCUGCCCGGCCUGUUGUAGACUCGCCCCUCCUUUUGACCAGUUACGUCACACAUCUAGGAGAGGUUGAUUGCCCGAAUUGGUCUCAGUCAGCACCAAAGUUUCCGACUGAAAUUCGCCAAUCAGGAACAGCAAAACUUCGAUUUACUGUUGUAAAAUCUGGAUUUUCAUCCUUCCGGCUAGUCGAUCGCCCUCUUAACACCCCUGGUCACCAUGGAGCUGGUUUUGGAUUUUUUGCCCCACAUUCGAACGAGCCGACCGAAAAAGCUGGCCAGCCAUGGAUCUGGGAUGCCGGUGAAGAAGAAAGGCCUUCAGGCACAGGCGGAAUUAAGAGCGAAAGGUGUGAUGCCACUACUGUACUAGUAAAAGUUGGCCGGCCUAUUCACAUCAUGUGUUGCCCUCUAAGCUUGGAGUCCGCCCAACGUUUUGUCGAAACCUUGGUGCCCACACUUGAACACCUCCACCCAAUGACAUUGAUGACGCGAAUUUAUGGCCGAUGCAUCGGUCACGUCGAGUCUCAAAAUCCGUUGAAAAAACAAAGGAUGGCUCUUCUAGAGCAAAAAGCGCGUCCAGCGUUGUACCGUGACUUGACUCUCUGCCAACUAAGAGGUUCCAUUCAAAUUCCUCGUGUAAAUCUUUGCUUGUUGCAAGCUGGCAUCGUAGAGCAGAUUAUUUCUCUAUCGAUGCUGGACAACCCUCGUGAUCUCGUCUGUGUCUCUUCGGCUGCCGUUUGCAUUGACGCCCUUUCACUCCAUUUCUCCCAAAAUGUACGAGAAUGCCGAUGGGUGCAGGCCGUCAGUCGCCCCGUCGAGCAAAGGCAAAGCGGAGGAAAUAAAAGUUUCUUUGCUAGCGUUCAGAAACCCAAAAGCAGGCCGGGCAAAUCGACUGGAGCUCCUGAAAUUGUCUUUGUCGAAUGGACAGAGACGGAAAGUGAGCAACUUAUGGCAAGCGGGACGCUAGGGAAAAUUCAUCUUCAACUACGGCGCCUUAACAACGAUAGUCCUUCACAAACUCCUGGACUACCACCGGACAACGUUACGGCUACAGUGAUUCCCACCGGAUGUUCCAGAGUUCUUUUUAGUUAUGCUAGUGACCACGACCUUGCGGCUCAAUCAUUUCCCGUUUCUUCAGACGAGGACCGUUACGGUAGUGUUAUGUUUGAGUGCGGACUUCAAGGCUUGAAUCUUCGGGCCGUCAAGCGAGUGUCCAAUGUCACUGAAAGUAGUAGCAAUAGCAACAACAUCGAUCCGAUAGGAUCAGUCGUUACCACUGUUGAAAUGGAGACGAUACCUUUGUCUGGCGAUCCUCCCAACUUAGAUGACCAACCCACUGGUUCCGUGCCGAGCCACUCCAGUCACAUGUCGUUCAAACAGCGAUCGGAUAAAGGGACGCCGACUUCGACAGAACCACCAGAUACUCACCAACAGCCAAAUGCUGGACCGAUUCGACCACAGGUUGAGAAAGACCUUUCUUCGUGUUCGCUUCAAAUUCAAGCCGUUUGGCUAAGUUUUGCUGCUCCACCUCGUACGGCUCCUGCAAAGAAGUCCGAGCUUGCCCUUCUGGAUCGUAACUUAUUAUCGACAGCAUCGCCGGCAAUUAACGCCUGGAUGAAUUCCGGUGAUAGACUAGCCAUUACUUUAAUGCAACUCAUUCGUGCCGCCGAAACACGAUCUCUAAGCGUCCUUGCCGGGCUCAUGGCUGAAGCUUUAGACGUCCAGCAAAUUCAUUUGCCAGUCAGAAGCAAAUACAACUGUUUAUCACUCAUGUCGCGAACAUUGCAAGAGGACCCAUCGUGUCAACUCAAUUUGGUGCUGCACCGUUAUGUUUUGAUGUUGAGGAAUGAGUGGGCCACCUUAGAAGCCCGUCUAGCUCCCAGUGUCGUACCACCACUAUCAACUUUAAAGCAAGGCGUUGUCGUUCUUGGUCGUCAGUGGAAGAACGCUAUUUACACUCCAUUUAUGUUGACGUAUUCGCUACAUAAGAAUAGUGCACAAAAGACUCCAGCAAAUCUGAGUGUUCCAGUCAAUAGCCAUAUCAUGGCGACUGGAAGAGACGCGACUCGUCUUCAUUUGUCGUCCAUGAGAAGUGGUCCAUCGUCAACCGAAGCUGGUGAAGAAGAUGAAAGACUGUUAACGGGUCACAAUGAAGUGGACAGCUCUUGGGUAUCCUCAGAUGAAUCUAGUCUUGUUCUAAGUCCCGCUGAUUUGAAUGAAUCGUGCCUGCCCCUUCUGGGCCGGACUUCGACUUCUCAACCAUCAUCUCCCCCAAGAAUAUCUGCCCUUCGUCGUAAAUUGAUUGGCGGAAGACAUCCAUCUGGUUUCGGUGGGAGUUACGAAUUAAAAACUAUUUCGGCGUCUAGUGUUGAAGAAGAGAAUGAGGAAGAAGACGCAGCAGCCCCAUUGAGAAAUACUGAUAAGAAAGAAUCAAAAGAAGAAUUUGACCUGUACAGUUGGCUGGCUAGGCAACAGAAAAACACUAUCAAAAUAGACCAAACCAGACCAACACCAACGGAACUUCAGCCACAGCAGCAACAAUCGCAACAACAAUCUGACCAGCAACAACAACAUCCUCAUCAUCAAUUCAACUUGUUGGUGGAUACACGGGCUAUUUUCGUGUCGCUUUUCGCCAGCGUAGGGUUGGAAAACAAACGGACGUUGUCAGACGUUCUGUCUCUCAGUGGAAGCGCCUCGGUACUGGGUGGAGUCGAAGAGUUGCGCGUCGAAAUCUUUGAGAGCGAAUGGAAUCAGACAGGAUCUUCUUCAAGACGUUCGAAAAUGGGCAAAACGACAGGGAACAGCAGCGGAAGAGGGAAAAACGCCCCCGGCGGUCACAAAUUUAGUGUUUACAUUCCCCCGGAAGUUCCUGCUUUUCUCUGCGAACGCAUGUCGAUUGAAAUUCAAGUGAAUCAGGUGCCGGAUGGCGGUCUACUGGGAACAGGAGGCACUUGCUGCGAUGAAGGAGUCGGUGGUAUUCCCGGUCGAGGAGGCUCAGCGGAAGUUGAAGUUCCAACGGCUUCGUCAUCAACUGGAGCUGGUGGAGCCGGAACCGGAUUCUUAGGCCAAAUCGGCCUCUGGAAACCUCAACGGACCACGGCUUUGAAUUUCAGUGUCUCUGUGGGUUAUUUGGCCCAACAGGUCAACAUGCCACUGCUGCGGCUCCUUCACCAACUAAGCAGCGUCUACGGCAACGCCAAGGCCACGCAGGUCCAACUUAGAGAACAAAGGCCGUUGAAACGUGGACCGGAUCCGCUUCGAGCUUUGACGGUGAUUUUCGAUUCUCCAGAACCGACUCCGUCUCCUCCACUACCUCAGUGUCCCAUCCAGUCGGGCCCAGAACCAUCACCUUCCAUCCAGUCGGAAUCAAUUCAAUUCGCUAACCGAUCAUUCCGUCCACCGAGUUUUUUAGCCAAUCGACUUCGUUCCAGCUCACGAUUUGUCAAAGCGUACGAUGCUGAAGAUCCGGUUGUUGUUCCAACUACUUCAGCUGAAAAUACAACCAAACACGUGGAAGGCGGCGCUGGUCCGUCCCCGACUCUUGCUGGCACUGCUGCCGCCGUAGGUUUGCCCAGUUGCUGGCGCACCAUCUAUCAUCUUUUGGAUUUAUACUCGUCGAUGACGGCAGCCAGUACAGUGAAUAAACAACACAGUAUCAACGAGCCCCCUGCUUGCCAGACGGGUGAUAUCGAGCUAGGCAUAUUGCCACCGUCUACUCGGCCGAAUCAUCGUGUACUCAAUUCCGGAUGCACAGCCGUAGUGGGAUCUCGAUCGGAACGAACCCGAAUAGUCGUAUUCGGGAUAAUGAAAAUCAACCGUGUCCGGCUGCUGGCCAUGCUUAGCGGACUUCGUCUUGAAUCGGAAAUCGUUUCCCUCCACACCAGUUUGACAUAUAAAGAAAAGGUGCGCAUUGGCGGUUUGUCUAAUCGGGCCCAAAUGGUGGCAAUCCAACCCAACUUCCCACGUAUGGAGUGCUCACUGACGGGCCAUCUUGGUCGUGCCAUGAUUGUCCUACUUGAGGGCGUCGCGCCCAGUCAACAGACGGUGGUCAAAAUCACCGUGGGCAAGUCGCAGGCCUUGUACUCUCGGCUAUCUCAUCACGGCAAAGACAAAAACUCGGGUCUACUAUCGAUCGGGGCCGUUCAUGUGGAUAUCCCUCAGCAUCCAGGCGUUUUGCACGGCAUGAUGACUCGUGGCUCUAAACAGCUUUCGUCUACUUUACAAGAAUUCAGAGUGCCUCGCUUAGCCAGCCGCAAUACUGGUAGAAAUACCAGUACUAUUCCUGAUGAGCUGGACCUGAUCGCCGGAGGAGGACUCGGUGGUGGAGGUAGUGGUGUCUUGGGGGCAAACACGAACGGAUUGGGUCCUUUGCUUCAGUCGCCACCCAUGGAAAUUCCCGCCCCCACCAUGGAACAUCGUUCCAUCGGAGGUAAAGUGGAACGAGAAACCACUACCAAUCUUCUCCAGCCGUUGGUCAUGCAGUUUUCAGUCGUUUUACAAAGACUGAGCAUAACGGCCGCUCUUCUACCUUCACUUCAAGCCCAGUAUCAGAUGGAACAGGUGGUCAGCGCCGGUAUAACGGGUGGCAAGGCCAAAUUCGAUAUAGAUUUACCCCGCCAUUCAUUAAGCUUUACAACAAAACUUCAGAUAACCGAAAACCUACCGCCAUCGGCGUCAAUCGAAUUGCCUCAGGUCCACGUCGGGGCUGAAUACCUGCAGGAUAGCGUCAAGACGGAAGGAUUUGUCGACGGAGUGGUCUUGUGUCGGGGCAAUUAUUUAAGUGCCGUGGCGGAAAUCGGAAUCUUUGAACACAGUUUGACCACCGAUCUUCUCAAUCACUUGGUUUUUGUACAGAAGGUUUUCAUGGCUGAAGUGAAUGACGUUCUCAAUAAAGUUUCCGGUGGCGACAAGCCUGUUCCGCUCUGGGAGGAACAGCCGGCGGAUCAACAGCAGCAGGACUCGUCAGCAAUGCGGAUGCUUCUCUAUCAUCUAAUUGUUCGUUUGAAGGGCAUUCAGAUAACCGCGACUACUCCAACAAACACAGCCGUCAGAUUAGAAACGGGCCUGGUUGAAUUGCAACUCUCCAACAGAGUCCAAAACGUCUUUUCUCAAAGUAAUGCCCAGCGCAGUGCGGGAACAUUUUCACCUCCUUCCGCGCAAGGAGCUUCUGCACAGGCCUCUCGUCCAGCUAAAUUGUUUGGCAGAGCAAAAGUGGACCUGAAUUUGAGCUUGGGUCAACUCAUCCGUAAUCCGCUAUUCGAAGAAGCCGAAGCUGAGUUCCAGCAAGUGGCCUUUUUCAAGACGCGCAUCAGUUUGCGCAAUGCCUUCCAGGACGAACUAACACCAAACGAGACUGGCGGAGUUGAUCCAGCGGCUGACAAAGAAGUCGUGCUCAUUACUCUAACUCGCCCUCUCAUUUACUUGCAGCCAGUGGCCGUCGACAAAGCCAUUCUCGUCUGGCUCAAUUACAAGAACGCAUACGAAUACUGGGCAGAGCAACGUGGUGGCUGGAUUAAAGAUGCUUCGCUUGUUGCCGACAAGUUGGAUAAACUUGGCCAACUGACUAGUCAAUUGGGUGUUGGGGCUCCUAGUUUGGGCACACUCUUCCUUCAGCUGACUGUCGACGACAUGGGAAUUUGCAUGCCACUUAACACGGCUCCGUCCGUCUUGUGGGCGGGAAGCGGAGCUGGAAGAUCAGAGUCCAAUCGUCAGGGUCAUUCUUCUGAGCCGGAAAUCUGUAGUGCCGUCGUUGUGACGCUGGAGAACUCGAGCAUUUCAGCGUGCAGUUCCGGUUCGUUGGUCAGCAAAGGCAAAUUCACCGGCCUUUGCUUACGAUUCGCAGAUGACUUUGAGACCGGGCUGGAUGACUGGAAACCUGACAUGGACGAUCCUGCCAUCAUGAAUUUGUGCGUUGUUUCGGAAGGCACCUACGAGGUAUGCAGCCGGACAGUAACGCCGGCCCAACAUCAACACGGCGAAAACGCCAAAUGGAUUCUUCAUGUCGGAUGGCAAAUGGAAGGUGUGGACACUCAUUUUGACACGUCGAUUGGUCGGCAAUUUUCUGCCCUCGGCCACACCUUAACCGGCCUGACGGGCAGCGAGGAAGAAGAAGAAGAAGACGGGGAAUUCGCCGGUGAUUACGAUGGCGAUGCAACAGACGGAGACGAAAGAACUUCCCCCGUAUCUGGCCCAGACGAGAAUGGCGAAGGUUUGGCCGUUUCUGUCAGUACGGACGAAGAUGAAAACAUUCUCGAUUCUAUGGAUAUCAGCGAAGCUGUGGAAUUGCGCCGCCGUCGCGGUCGCAGUGAACGUGCUGUCACAAUGAGUGAGACCGUUGCGACCAUGCCACGCGGUGGCCGUCAUCGUUCCAGACUCAUUGAAAAAGAGAUGAGCGAACAGGCGCGAAUCAUCCAGGAUUUGAAAUUACUGGGCGCAAGCUCGGCCACUGUCGAACAGGAAAUGCGGCGACUUCAGGAGUUAGAAGCUCUGGCCUCGAAGGAUUUCCGCCGGGUUAUGCUCCAGCGGCUAAAAAGGCAAAGCGUCAAAGCUUCAUCCAUCAUCACUGAUCAUCCGACAAGCUCGACAUCGCUUUCUUCUGUGUCCACUAGUGCUACCAAUCAGCGUCUAUCCUCAUUGCAUCACACUCAGUCCCAGAGGGCGCCUCCACACGGUCACAGCCAUCACCAAAGAUCCAGGUCUGUAGUGGUGCCACCGGUCGUUUUGGAUCUUGAAACAAGCGGCCACGCUUCGACGGAUGACGUGCGCGACGCCCAGCGUUUCCUUCUUCCUCCUAUCGAGGGAAGUCCGCCUAUGAGUUGCCUUCCCACGCCCACCAGCGACGCCUAUCGUAGUGGCGGCACUAACCUUCGAAGGCCGAAAACACCGACAGCUCCUCAGACCGGAGGUGGCACGGUUUUUUUGGAACAAGAACGGGAUCGAAGUGGAGCGACCUCGGCGGCCGAAAAUCCCAGUGGCGCUGGUGGUGGCAAUAAGAACUCGAGCGAGCCCAGCGUCGACUUGGAACUGGACUUCAAAGUCUUCAUCAACAGCGGCAAGUGCGUACUGCACACACGUGACACUCGAAGUGAUGAAAUGCUCCGUCGGAUGAAGAAGGAACGCUCAUUUUCCAGCACCAUUCUGGACACUACUGCUAAUCCACAUCAGCCCAGUCCAGCGCCGGCCCGCAAGCCCGGUCGACCCGAUAUGCGCCACAACGCUUCGACGUCUCGUUUGCGAGUCUUGGCAAAUAAUACAGCUCAAAUGGCUGUCGACUUGACAAUCUUCCACAUUCCCGGAUUAGACGUUAAAGUUUAUUACGAAUCCAAAACAGUCCACGAAGAGCCGCUUCACAUUCCUACAUCAGCCAGCACUUCGGCAUCUCCCGCGUCCUCAGCGGCCAACAAGGGUAAAAUGUCAAACAAGAAGGGGAGUCUCUUUGCCUGGAUGACAUUGCACAGCAUUCCAGAGGAGACGAUCAUUAGUCCACACAUUUUGGAAUUUCUGGAACAAGCGUUGGAACCGAUUCCGAUCACGACCACCGAAUCGAAACCAACUUCAACAUCCGCAACGGAGAAUUCAGGUCUGUUCAUUUUCGAUGGACCGACAUCGACGGGUGCCCCAGGUGGCUCUACCACAACGUCGUCGUUCCCAGUCGACGUGGUCGUUUACUGCCACGUCCAGCCGUCCACAUUCCGGUUCUCUUGUCUACCAGUUUCUCGUGUCGAGUGCCUCCUCCGAUUACCUUCGCUCCAUCUCGUCUUCUCGUCUAAACGCUCCGAGAACCAAGCACUCACCGGUGGUGGAUUAAGCGUCACUGGAUGCUUGUCGGAUUUCUCUCUCUACAUCUUCCAUCCGUAUGGUGGGGGCAAGAAAACGGGCGCAACGUCCUCGAAACGCGAGGCCUCUGAUGCCGAGAGCGAACGCAAAGACUCGCUAAGCGUCAACGUAGAAUUCGUCAAGUUCAAUUUAUCACGUUCCAGAAAAGUCAAUUUCAGUCCCAGAACUGCCGGCGGAGAGGCUGGAAGCAGAGAAUCGCGAAACGGCCGAGACAGUGCCGGUGAUCCAGCUAAAGCCGUCGUUCGUUUCUCGACGCUCAUCGACAUAGGAUCAGCGAGUUUCAAAUACGACAUGCGUCGUCUGCCAGAAAUUUUAGCUUUUCCUAAAGCCUGGUAUCGACGAGCAAUUGUUCGCCAUCUGUUCCUGGGCGAUUUAAGCAAAACGGAUUCUUCAGCACCGGAUCUUGUUCCACCAGCCAGUCGUGAUCUGUGGGCCGAGUUGCAACCCGAUCAGACUGGAUUGUCGCCAGCCUCAGCUUGGGAAACGUUGGUUGUAUUUGCUGUCAACUUCACGAAAUUAAACGUUCACAUGAACAUGGGCAACGUGAUGGGCAAUGUCUCGUGGUUGACUAAAGAUUUUAAAGCGGAAGGCCGUUUAUCGAUUGGCAGCACCGGUCACAAGAACAUGCAUAUUGGAAUCGGGCUGGAAGGAUCCGGGUUGGACGCCAAGGGUGGAAUCGUCGGUGGGACAAUUGAGCUGAGUGGCAUCCACACUUCUUUAUCCAUCCGAGAAGAUCCAGGGACGGAACCGGAUCAUCGGAUGUCCGUCAAACUUCAAGUCCUGGAAUGCCGUCUCGACUACAUGGGCACGAGCGUUUUGAUGGGGCGUGUGAGCGUACUGGCCGUUGAUUUGCGAGAUGAGUGGCGGAUCGGCAAUCUGAUCAAGAACCCGGACAAAGUUCCCGCCAGACGGACAUCGAUUGCCUCCUCUCCAACCAAAAGACCGGCCAUGAUAUUCAUUCAUGGCGAUCUGGGAUGGGAUCAACUCCAGCUCAUGAUUUCCAAAUCCACAACAGCCGACUUAAUCAAAAUGUACCUCAAGCUGGACGAAUUCUUCCAGCAGCAAUUCCGUAGCAGCAGACGCAUCUUUUCCACGUUGUCGGCUACCGGAGGCGGCCAUUCUAUUCGCCGCAAAGGAGCGGCUAAAAAUGUUGCCACCAAAAUACCCGGAAGCGCUGAACCGGCCGGCCCGUCCAUCGAAGCUCAGCACCAUCGACACUGGCAAGGCGUCUUAAGGCGUGUUGCUGGUCUGGAAAUAGCCACUUUACCUACGCCUUUGCCGAUGACGGGCACCAUUCUGGGUGGCACAAUGGAACUCCAUGGCGGUCAUAUCUCCCUAGCUUGUUUCCACGGUGUCAACUUCAAAUCAAAAUCGUGGGCGCUGUUUAGCCUAAAAGAUCCUUGUGUGUCGUUCGCCACUGAAGCCCAAGAGAUUCCGGGGGACGCCGAUCCCAAGGAUAUUCAUGUCGUUCAGAACCUGUCCUUUAGCCUUGGACUGAGUGGUCCUGGUGCUCACACACCUGUUGGCAUUGGUUAUCGCGUUAUCGAGCAACAACAGCAGCAAAAUAGUCCAGCAUCCAUGGCAACGGUAUGUCGCAUAUCGCGGACACAACUAUACCCUCCACAAUUCAAAACGAUCCAGGAUUGGUUCCUCUACGCUUUCGCCAACAGCCGAAUAGACGCCAUGGAGAGAUUUCCUAGUUUGGAGCGGGAACGAGAACGUUCCAACUCUGGUGCUCCUCAGCUGUUUGUGAAGACGCCCGAUUAUCACCAUGCGGCCGAAAUCAUUUUCGCUUUCCCCAGUCUACAGCUUCAUCUGAAAUCAGAGCACUUGCAAACUGGUGUCACUCCAUCACUGACCGAAGAAAAACCAAGUGUAGACUGCAGUUUCAUCACGGAUUUCGAAGAUCAUAUUUUCGUCACGGUCGAUGCCGACGCAUUCUUUUUUCUGCACGAUCUGAUAUCGUCGUACGUCCGCGAGAAGGAGCGAGUGAUUCUUGCUUCAGUCGCUAGCAAUCAACGUACCCAAAGUCCUGAACUUCAAAAAGCGGCUGUGAGUGGCACGGCUGGCAGUUCUAGUUUGUCUGAACCGAGCUCCGGCCAAGGAAGUCCAGCUAUCAAUAAUGCCCCGCUUUCACUGCAACUCACCAACGAAGAUGAGAAGAAACGUCGCCUUUUGGAACAGAUCGACUGGCGCAAUUAUGAAUGCAAAACAUGGCAUCUAGAACCAACUGUUCGAUUGCUGUCGUGGGCCGGGAAACGAAUCGAACCUUACGGAGUAGAGUACAUCCUAAACAAACUGGGGUUCUCGCAAGCCCGUACAACCAUCCCGAAAUGGGUUCAGCGUGGCGCUAUGGACCCACUCGACAAAAUUCUUUCUCUAGUCUUGUCGCGCACCAUCGCCGCCCAACGAGCCAAAGAAUCACAGACGUCAAAUUCCACUGCCAUCAGUGGGGCCGUCACCGGUGGCGGCGGUAGUAGCGGUGCGGGCCUCGGUUCCAACAAUGCAGUCAACAACGCCCGACCGGCGAUGAAAUAACAUUUUCAGACUGCCUAUACUAAUUCGAUAACGCAGCGAGCGUUGAAUAAUUCAUUGUUGUUUUCAUCAAAAUGCGUGUUUGUUUAUGACGACGAUGUUUUUGUCAAUUUUCUUUAGUUUUGUUUUCUCUUGCAACAACGAUUCUAGCAUUAAUGGUGAGGCCAGGGCUAACUAAACCUAUGAAUAACGAAUAAUAAUAAAAAAUAGUAGGCUAUUGAUUUGCAUGGCUGUAAUUUUUGUAAUAUUUUGGUUGUGUUUAAAAUACACGUUUUCCAAUGUG